UUAACUUUUUCACCCAAUUAAAUUGACAUUUGUUUAUUUUGCUAGAUAUAACCUAAAAAAAUUUUAUUUAAAUGCAUUGAAUUCGUAAUUAAUUAAAAAUGCUCUACGAAAUAUCACGAAAAAGUAUUAAUUUCAACACAUAUGAGGAAACUAAUAUUACCUGGACCAACAGUGUGUUAACAGUGCGCGGUAAUAAAGACUUGUUUUUAUUAGAAUAUUCGUACAAUUUACAUUCUUUGCACAAAGGAAUUGACUUCAAAGAGUCAACUGUAACAUGCAAUACCAACCCCGUAUCCAGUGAUUAUCUAAAUAAAUACGUAUCACGAGGACUGAAGAAUAUGGAGCUCGUGGAGAUGAUCUCAAACUCUGCCUUUUGGCCCCACAGUAAAGCUCUUAUGCGAGAACUGACAAUUUUUACAUCCUACCAUUGGUCGCCAUUCUAUCUUCUAAGUGAAAACGAUACUUUACUAGCUACAGUCAACAGUGUGGGGAAUGUCGAUUUCUUUGCACCACGGAAACAUGCUUGGUAUUCUGUUCUGGACUUCUCAACUCAGGUCGCACCACAUUUAACGGAAAAUCUUAAAAAACUAUCUGAAAAUCCAAAAACCUUUGAAGAUGUCAAAGAAACAGUUUAUUCAAUAGAAACCUCAUCAGUUUGUUGGGCGUCAGAGUUAAAUGAAGACAAUUCUUGUUAUUUUGUAACAGCUCAAAGAUCGGGUGAUAUUUUAUUUUGGUCAAUAAAAUAUCACCAUAAUAAUUUUGAAAUUGACUUAUGUGAUACUAUUAAAAGUUCUACUGACGUUGAAAUAAUACACAUGUUUUGGAUAGAUUUUGAACAGAAAUGUUUGCUUGUAUGUUCAAAAGAAAAUGGUGAGGUUAUUCUGUACGAAUGUGAUGUAACAAAAAAGAAGAUAACUGUACUGAAUACACACAAUGUAUGGUCAUAUAAGGACAAAAUGAUUACAAAUUAUUUACACUUCCAAAUCAUAAAUGGCAAAUUGUUAUUAUUUUUCAACAAACUCAGACAUUUUGUCAUACAAAUGUAUGACAAAAAUUUGAAACUGUUAUCCCAAAAUGUACAAAAUGUCAAUGACUACAAAAUAACAUCCAUAACAAAAUUUAAAGAUUUGUUAUAUUUGACCACAGUCAAUAUGAAAAUAUACAAAAUAAAUUAUUCAAUAGAAAACGACUCUCUUCAUGUUUCUUUAGAAGGAGUUGAAAUUAAAGAACCAGCCCCAUCAUAUGAACUUUACGGUUUGGCUGUUUCACCAAACGGCUCGUUAUUUGCUCUCUCAAUGAUAAAUAGAAAACAUUUGCUCAAGAAACAGAAAACAAUGGUUGAAAUAGUUUUGUUAAGUUUUGAUAGUGGAUGUGACGCUGACAUGAUAAAAAUCAUAAACAAUCCAACAAAAAAAUUAACACACAUAUGGGAUGUUAUUGAAACAGUUCGAUGUAAGACCAUUAAAUCGAAAAAACUGCCAGAGAGAGAUUAUAGUUUAUUGCUCAAAGAUGACAGUGACAUGUACAGUUUAAAAGUGUAUUUAAUUGUACUAAAACUACACAUUAAUUUAAAAAACUCCAUGGCCUGGUCUUCAAGUAGUUUACUCUCUGAAAAAUCUGUUGAUGUCAUAAAAGAAAAGAUACUUAUGCUGCAAGCAUUUGCUCAGAUUCAUAAAUUGUAUGCAAAUUUUAAAAGUAAUAAUUCUCUCUAUGAUUUUGAUCACAAAUGCUUUGCGGGGAGUAAGAAUUAUUUAUAUUACUACUGCAAAAAGUAUGGGAAGAAUUUGAAUAGUUUAGUUACUGAAGAUGUUUUGAAUAUUACAGAUUUACAGUUUAAAUAUCUUUGCCAGUGGUGUGAAGAGAGCCUUAUAGACUUUUCUUGUAAAAAUAAACAUACAAAUAUGAUUUGCACGCAUUCAUUCACCCCAAUAGAAAAUGAUUACCUAUUUUGCAAAUGUUGUAAUGCUACUGCGAAAAGUGAGUUGUACGAUCAAAAUCCGACUUGUAUAUUUUGUGAUUUACAUUUAGUGAAUGAAGAUUUGUUAACAAUACCAUAGCCCAAAAAUAAAUUGUUUUAAAUGUAAA